CUCUCUCUCUUACCCAAAAAGAUGACUAAACCUUUUCAUCCCCUUUGAGGGUUCACCCUUUCAUUCCCCCAGUCUCCAAAAAUAUACUUUCCCUCACUUUCCUUCUCAUUUUCCCGCACUUUCUCGCUAUCUAAACAUACUUUCCCUAUGGCAUCUGACUCUCCCGAGGACGACAAAACCUGGGAGGACGCACUCCAUCCGUUGCCUCCGCCGCCUCCGACUAUUCCACCGCGUCUCCGAUCCCAGUCGCCAUGCCAGUUCACUCGCGCUUCUCACGGUUCUCCCGCGUCCGCAACGGUAACGGAAACGGAAACGGUAGUGGAUUCGGUUGUGAACCGCGGAGUCCGGCGGCGGAGAGUCAGAGGUCGUUGUCGGUGUCGAGGACGCAGUUUGAUUCGCGCAGCGGCGAGGUCGAUCGGUCGGAGUUCUCAGGCGAGGAUGCCGCCGACGAUGCUGUCAGCUCCGCUUCGUCUCCACCGCAGACGGCGGCUCCAAGCUCGGCUCCCCGCGCCGUUGAAGGUAAGCGCCCUACAACGGUUACCUUCAAUACUCCUAGGGAUUCUGAAUAUGAUGAUGACGACGAUGAUGAAGACGAUGACGGUUACACUUCCCCGAGAUCGGCGGCGACAGAGCCGGUAGGAUCUCCGGUAGCUGCAACGGCGGCACGCGCCGCCUCUGCCGCGCCGAAGAAGCGUUGGAUUUGUAGCAGGUGUGGGAAUGCGAAUAGGUUGAAGGAGAAAGAAGCUUGUUUGGUGUGUGAUGCUAGGUAUUGUAGUAACUGUGUGUUGAAGGCUAUGGGUUCUAUGCCUGAGGGUAGAAAAUGCGUAAGCUGCAUUCGGAAGCCUAUAGAUGAGUCCAAGAGGUCAAGCUUAGGAAAGAGUUCUAGGCUUCUUUCUAAGGUUUGUAGCCCCUUGGAGAUUAGGCAGAUAAUGAAGGCAGAGAAGGAGUGUGCCGCAAACCAGCUCCGGCCGGAGCAGCUUAUCGUCAAUGGCAGGCAGUUGAGGCAAGAGGAAUUGGCUGAGAUUCUUGGCUGUCCUAUCCCGCCGCAGAAGUUGAAGCCUGGGAGGUAUUGGUAUGACAAGGAUUCAGGACUUUGGGGCAAGGAGGGAGAGAAGCCUGACAAGAUAAUAAGUUCGAAGCUGAAUAUCGGAGGUAAACUUCAAUCUGAAGCAAGCAAUGGAAAUACAAGGGUUUACAUGAAUGGUCGCGAAAUAACGAAGAUUGAACUCAGAAUGUUAAAGCUGGCAAAUGUACAAUGCCCACGUGAUACCCAUUUCUGGGUUUAUGAUGAUGGAUCUUAUGAGGAAGAAGGCCAAAACAAUAUCAAGGGAAACAUAUGGGGAAAGGCGUCCACUCGUUUCAUUUGUUCAUUAUUCUCAUUGCCUGUACCACCCACUAAUCCUCCUGGGGUCAAAGAUAAUGCUACUAAUUAUUCAACAAGGUCUGUCCCUGAGUAUCUGGACCAUGGUAGAGUUCAGAAACUUUUGUUGUUUGGUAUGGAAGGAUCUGGAACGGCCACUCUCUUUAAACAGGCCAAGUUUUUAUAUGGAAGCAAGUUUACUGAAGAUGAGUUGCAGAACAUCAAGCUCAUGAUCCAAAGCAAUAUGUACAAGUAUCUCAGUAUUUUGCUGGAAGGACGAGAGCAGUUUGAAGAGGAAGCUCUGGCUGAGAAAGAAUCUACUUCGUUAAAUGGUGAAGGAUCUGGGCCAGGAACAACAGCAGAAGAAAACAAGCCCACCAUCUACUCAAUCAAUCAAAGAUUCAAGCAUUUUUCUGACUGGUUGCUGGAUAUUAUGGCUACAGGAGAUUUGGAGGCUUUCUUUCCUGCUGCUACCCGUGAGUAUGCUCCUAUGGUAGAUGAGAUCUGGAGAGAUCCUGCUGUUCAGGAAACAUACAAGAGAAGAGAGGAAUUGCAUAAUCUUCCUGAUGUUGCUAAAUAUUUUUUGGAUCGGGCGAUAGAAAUAUCUAGCAAUGAGUAUGAACCUUCUGAGAAGGAUGUAUUGUAUGCUGAAGGAGUCACUCAGAGCAAUGGUCUUGCCUUCAUGGAAUUCUCAUUCGAUGAUAGGAGUCCCAUGUCUGAGAUAUACAGUGAAAAUCUUAAUGCACCACCUCCCUUAAGCAAAUAUCAAUUAAUUCGGAUAAAUUCGAAGGGUCUUCGUGAUGGUUGCAAAUGGUUGGAAAUGUUUGAAGAUGUGAGGGUGGUUAUAUUCUGUGUUGCCCUAAGUGACUAUGACCAACUGUGGCCUACAAGUACCGGUCAGUUUCGUAACAAGAUGCUGGCAAGCAGGGAUCUUUUUGAGAGCCUUGUGAGGCAUCCUUGUUUCAAAGACACCCCUUUUGUGCUUCUGCUAAAUAAGUACGAUGCUUUUGAAGACAAGAUAAAUAAAGCUCCUCUUUCAACUUGCGAGUGGUUUUCAGACUUUUGUCCUGUGAGGCCCCAUCACAAUAAUCACGCCCUAGCACACCAAGCAUUUUACUACAUAGCUGUGAGAUUCAAGGAGCUUUAUUAUUCCAUUACCGGCCAGAAGCUGUUUGUCGGGCAAACCCGAGGCCGGGAUCGAGGGUCUGUUGACGAGGCCUUCAAAUACAUAAGGGAGAUAAUCAAAUGGGAUGAUGAGAAGGAUGAUGAAUAUGAAAUCAAUGCAGAAGAGUCCUUUUACAGUACAGAAGUGAGCUCUUCUCCAUACAUUAGACAGGAAUGAGUUGCGAAGCUUGUUUCCCCUUAACAAUCAAAAUUGACACGAGAGUUCGGAUUACGGACGCGGGAGAGUGUCUCACUGCUCCAAAGAAUUUGCAGAUAGCAGGAGCAUUGAAUAUAUUAAGGACGGGUUUGUUUGGGGGUGGGGGAGUUAGUUGGGUGGGAAAAGUGUAGUAUGCUAUUUUUCUUUGUUUUUGUAGGGAAUUGCUGAUCAGGUUCAGAAUGAUUUUUUCCUCAUCACGAAUAAGCUAAUUUGCUUAAGAGCUUGUAAAUCUAGAGGUGAUUUGUUGUAUGUACAGCUUAUAUUGAUAAUAUUGUUCAGCUUAAAUUGAGAAGAAAAAAAAUUGAAAAGCUGAUUUUUUCUUUUA